AUGGCUCCCAAGCAGAAAGCUGGGCAAAAGCCGAAGCCAAAUUCGGCUGAGGAAGUGGAAGAGACAUUUCAGGCUGUGGUCCUCGCAGAUACCUUCGAGACGAGAUUCGAGCCGUUCACCCGCGACAAGCCUCGUUGCCUUUUGCCACUCGCAAAUACCCCCUUGAUCGAAUAUACUCUCGAAUUUCUGGCCAAUGCAGGCGUGGAGGAGGUCUUCCUCUACGGUGGAGCGCACUCGGAUCAGCUGGAGAAAUAUCUCAAUGCGUCGAAAUGGAGAGCUCUGUCUUCUCCAUUCAAGCAGUUGACCUUCCUUAAGUCGACUUCUACCUCUGUCGGUGACGUUAUGCGCGACUUGGAUGGCAAGCACCUCAUUACUGGAGACUUUAUCGUCGUGAGCGGCGACGUCAUAAGCAACCUACCCAUCGAGGGCGCAUUAGCUCAACAUCGAGCCCGCCGAGCACUUGACAAGAAUGCGAUCAUGACCAUGGUUCUCAGGGAGGCUGGCCUGCAGCACAGGACCAAGUCCACAUCAAUUUCGCCGAUUUUUGUCAUUGACCCUACAAAGGACCGAUGUCUCCACUACGAGGAAAUCGAUCGCCAUCCGGACGAGGAGCAAUUGUCUCGUCUCAAUAUUGACGCCGAAAUUAUUCUCAAAAACCCCGAACUGGAUAUCCGCCAAGACCUGAUCGACUGCAGCAUCGAUAUCUGCACCCCGGACGUGCUGAGUUUAUGGUCGGACAGCUUCGAUUACCAAUCACCGCGAAAGCACUACUUGUUCGGUGUUUUGAAGGACUACGAACUGAACGGCAAGACAAUACACACAUACAUCAUCAAGGACCACUACGCUGCGCGCGUGCGGAAUCUGAAGGCUUACGACGCGAUAAGCAAGGACAUACUCUCGCGUUGGACAUAUCCUUUGUGCCCGGAUACGAACUUGCUCCCUGGUCACACGUAUACCCUUCGUAAGGGUAGCAUGUACCAAGAAACCGGGGUAACCCUGGCACGCUCUUGUGUCAUUGGGCGCCGCACAGUCAUCGGAAAAGGCACUAGCAUUGGAGACCGGGCAGAAGUCCACAACUCCGUGCUCGGUCGAAACUGUAAAAUUGGCCGCAACGUCAAGCUGGAUGGUGCCUAUAUUUGGGAUGACGUUGUGAUCGGUGACAACACAGACGUCCGUGGGGCGAUCAUUGCUGACGGCGUGGUCCUCGGCAAGCAUUGUACAAUUGCAGCAGGAGCGCUUCUCUCCUAUGGCGUAAAAAUCGCAGAUAACAUCUGGGUGGAAGGUGGGAAGCGUAUUACGAAAACUCGAAACGACGGCGGCGUGGGCAAGAACGAUCCUGAAGUUGUUGGCGAAGGAGGCGAGGGUUAUGAGUUCAUUCACGGCGAGGAAGAGGAAGAUGAUGAGGAUGAUGUGAGCGUAGCCUCGUCGGGACUUGUGUACCGCAUGCCCAGUCUCUCACUCUCUUCCGCCUCCAUCUCAACACUGUCAUCCGAGAUCUCGAAUACCUCAUGGGCAGGAUCUGAGCGGAGCAGUUUCUCUGCAGACGAGGAUUCAGACAACUUCCACCACGACGCAUCAGUCAGCUUGUUCGACAGUCUUCGUGAAGGCGUGGCAGCAGAUGUGGUGCAGCUGGAGCUGGUCACACUUCGUAUGAGCGCCAACGCCUCGGACAACCAGGUCCGUCGCGCCAUUGUGACAUCUUUCAUGAAGCACAUCCAGCAGCUCAUGGAGGGUGGCAAGGGUGCCGGUCAAGCUGUUCUUUCGGUUUUCACGGCAUACAAGGAGGUCGUUGAGCGCACUCUAUUCGAUCGCAACAAGGAGCAGAAGAAUGACCAGGUGGAUCUACUGCUCGCACUCCAACAUGAUCUGAUUCAUCGUAACAAGGGCGAUACUGUCCUUCUCUUUACUGCCAAGUCUCUAUAUGAACUUGAUCUUAUCGAGGAGGAGGCUUAUGACCAGUGGUGGAAUGAUGAACGCUCUAGUAACACUGAAGAGAUGCGGACUGUUCGCAGCCAGACCAAGCAAUUUGUUGAUUGGCUUGCUGAGGCAGAGGAGGAGAGUAGCGAGGAAGAAUCCGAGGAAGAAUCCGAGGAGGAGAGUGAUGAUGACCCGGUACAAGCCGCCUUCGGGGGUUUGGAGAUCUUACGCUUCCCCACUCCCCGUCACAAGUUUUACCCAGUGACGUGUGGCUCCUCCCACUUAAAACAUCCCUUGUCGGCAUUUUUUGCCGCUACAUUCACCACGCCUCCUAUAACGCGAAAGAGAAAGGCGGCUGAGGCGAUUGCGGACGAGCCACUGCCAAAAGCCGCCCACGGCGACCGGAAAGCCUCUUAUUUCCAAAACAGAGAGGGAGAAAGUCCCGUUAGUUCCGCCUCGAAGAAGCCCUUCACACCCACCACCGUCAGCAUGGACUCCGACGAUGAGUUCAUGAGUGACGUUUCAAGCCAAGAUGAUUUCUUGGGUACCCAGGGCUCUGACGAUGAGAGCCUAGGUGAAGACUUCGAUGAUCUCGACGCCGGGUUUUCGGACGAUAAAGACCUCAUCAGACAUAAAAAGAAGCCAUAUGAAGUCGAGUACAAGGUUCUCGACCCUCCGGAUAUCGAUCAUGAACAGCUAGGCCAGGUCAACGAGGUCUGCGCUAUCCUUGGGCUGCCACCUGAGUCGGUGGCGAUCUUGUUGCGCUUCAACCGGUGGAACAAAGAAAAGUUGAUCGAGUCUUAUAUGGAGCAUCCGGAGCAAACGCUGGAGGAGGCUGGUCUUGGUUCGAAUUUUGAGGGGACCGCAAAGACAGAGAUCAUUCCGGGGUUCAUGUGUGACAUCUGCUGCGAGGAUGGUGAUGACCUUGAGACGUAUGCCAUGCGCUGUGGUCACCGAUAUUGCAUCGACUGCUAUCGGCACUACCUGGGCCAGAAAAUUAAGGAGGAAGGCGAGGCUGCCCGAAUCCAGUGUCCAGGCGAUGGCUGUAAUCGCAUCGUGGACUCCAAGUCACUAGAUCUGCUUGUGACAAAGGAGCUUCAAGGAAGAUAUCGCGAACUCCUAACUCGGACCUACGUUGACGAUAAAGAAAACCUGAAAUGGUGUCCGGCACCAAACUGUCAAUAUGCCAUUGACUGCGGGGUAAAGAACCGUGAUCUCCGUCGCAUAGUUCCAACAGUGCGGUGUUAUUUCAAGAUGUGGCUACAGAAAUGCGAAGAUGACUCCGAGACGGCCAACUGGAUCUCGGCUAACACCAAAGAGUGUACUAAGUGUAAUUCCACGAUCGAGAAGAAUGGCGGCUGUAACCACAUGACUUGUCGCAAGUGCAAGUACGAGUUCUGCUGGAUGUGCAUGGGUCUCUGGUCCGAGCAUGGCACGAGCUGGUAUAAUUGCAACCGUUACGAAGAAAAGUCAGGCGCAGACGCUCGCAGUGCUCAGGCCAAAUCACGUUCCUCCUUGGAACGCUACCUGCAUUAUUAUAAUCGGUAUGCGAACCAUGAACAAUCUGCCAAGCUUGACAAGGAUUUGUACCUGAAGACCGAAAAGAAGAUGACUAGCCUUCAGUCGCAGUCUGGUCUGUCCUGGAUUGAGGUGCAGUUUUUAGACACCGCAUCCCAGGCCCUGCAGCAGUGUCGCCAGACCUUGAAGUGGACUUACGCGUUUGCAUUCUACCUUGCUCGCAACAACCUAACUGAAAUAUUUGAGGAUAAUCAAAAGGACCUGGAGAUGGCCGUUGAGAGUCUCAGUGAGAUGUUCGAGAAGCCAGUUGCCGAGUUGGCAGAACUGAAAGUCGAUAUCCUGGAUAAGACUGCUUAUUGUAACAAGCGCCGGGUGAUUUUAUUGAGCGAUACUGCUGAGAAUUUGAAGAAUGGGGAGUGGUCGUUUAACGUUGAGUGGUAA